AUUUUAAAGAUAGGUGUGCAUCAUUUAUUUAACAGUGAGGCGUGACUUGAGUCCGAACGAUUUAUGACAACUCUUCGGUCUACGAACAGUUCUUUCUUAAGGAAGGUGAAUAAUCUGACAGACGGCUGAACAGAUUACAUAACGCAGAUUCAUACUAAAUCAAUGAAUUCAUCAUUAUGGUUGUUUGGAAAUCAUUUUAGCGGCCAGAGACCGGGUAUAUCCUAGUUUAAACUGCUCUCACUGCAAUAACAGUAAUUGGCGGCGAUGCUCACUGGAUUACAGGCAAGAAUCUGGACGCACAGUUUGGAAAACCACCUUUUACAAAUUUGAACAAUCUUAACUUAUUUAUAAUAUGAAAUGCAAGUCAUUAUAGGGUUUGUAUAAUUAAAAUGGACUAUCGACGUAAGAAAAAACUCACGUUCUUCACAAUUGGACUCAUUUUCCUGUUAAGUGGAAUUGAAUACGCUGUUAUCUUGCCCACAAUAUGGAGGUACCUUCAGACUCUUGGGGCAGCACCAUACUUUCUGGGUUUGGGUUUGUCUGCAUUCAGUCUCAGUGGCCUUUUAGCAGGUCCAAUUUUUGGCCACUGGUCAGAUCGGACGUGCACGACCAAGAAGAUAAUCCUGUUUGCAAAUCUUUUUGAAAUUGUUGGUAAUUUCAUGUAUUUCAUGGGAUACUCGAAGUGGCUUUUGCUUGCCAGUCGUUUAGUAGCAGGCAUCGGCACUGGUGCUGGUUCAUCUAUUUUUGGGUUCCUGACCCGAAGCACUGCUCCUGAGGAUCGCUCCACCGUGUUUGCCGCUGUUAUGGCGUGCCGGCAAGCUGGACUGUUAAUUGGCCCAGCGUUCAACUUAUUUCUUAGGCUCUGUGACUUCCAGUUGGGCCCUUUUGUGGUGAACAAGUACACUGCUCCGGGGCUUUUCAUGUGUCUGCUGUGGAUUCUGCUUCAGUUUGGGGUUGUGUUUCUCUACUGGGACAUCCCUCCCCUAAGCUCAGGUCAACACAGAGUGGGGAGAGGAAACACGGAAGAUGAAACCGAGGUGGAGGAGGGAGAAGACGAAGAGGGAAAGCCCCUGGUCGACCCGCACGAGUCCCUCGGGUCAUACGGCACGGUCACCUCGGUCCAGUCGAGGAGUUCCACCGUCGCUAAUGGUGACCUGCCCCACCCCUCCCCACCUGCUACACCUCCACCUGAGGAAACACAUUCGAGCCCGUUCAAGAGCUUCAGCGCUGGCAGAGAGUUCCUCAGGGAAGAGGUGGUUGUAUUGCUGACAGCUCAGUUCAUCACACUCUUUAACCAAACAGCACUGGAGACGAUGGUGACACCAUUGACUCAGAAGUACUUUAACUUUGGUGAGCUGGAGAACAGUAUCAUGUACUGUAUCUGUGGGGUGGAAGUCAUCGCCGGUUUCUUCUUCGUGCGCUGGCUGAGCAAACGCGUGGCAGAGAGGGUGGUAUUAGCAGUGGGCCUCAUUCUCUGUAACAUCUCCUGUGUUUGGUGCCUCAUCUUCCUUGCCAGCCCACAGGGUGGCUUCCCGUGGCAGUUAACAGAGUUUAUCAUUGGAGUCUUCCUGCAGGUGCUUGGCCUUCCUUUUGUAGCUGUAGCGCAGGUUUCCCUUUUCUCCAAAGUAACUGCGGAAAAGACUCAAGGGUUCAGUCAGGGUGUGCGGCGCUCUGUCGGAGGUCUGGCCACCAUCCUAGGACCUCUCUGGGCUGGAGGCCUUACAUCCAAUCUUUAUGUAAUGCUCGGUGUGAUGAUGGGACUUCUGGUACUGCUCACUAUCAUGAUGUUUGUCUCUUAUGACCGUCUGGUCGAGCCCGCCGUUGUUGAGCAUGAAAAUUCCAACGCUGAAGACACGGAAUAAACACGGAGUUAAAACAACGGACGGCUGUGUCAUGUUAUGCUGAAUCACACACGGUUGGUAUUGGUUGCUGUGUGUCCGGUUUGGGGGCCAGAUAUUCUUGAGCACUUUGAAAGCGUCUCAAGAUACACCGGAAAGAUCUCUCUCCUUGCACACCUAAUAGGGCUAAAAGCCCAAGCAUGUUUGAUUGUUAAAUAUCUAGGGAUAUAGGUACUUUCUGCUAUAUUUCCUGUGGAAAUGUUUAGUAGAUGCCGGGAUCUUUUUCCAGAUGAUGUAGAAGGCACGUGCUACUUUGAAUGCUAUGCAAUGACAGAGUUAUCAAUAAAACACACUAAAUACAGGCUGAUGAACAUGAAUACCGUGCACACAUAUCUGUUAAGUACAAUUGCUGACACAACAUAUGCAAUACAUCAGCACUCCACAAGGGGGGCUCUCACUCCACACAUGUGAUGACGUAUUUGCAUAUACUGUAUAGUGGCUUUAAGAUUUCACAGGUAGGCGAAGGUUCCUGAUGUUCUACACAUUAAACUGUUGCAAAUAGAAUGGGGCCCAAUGCUUGGUUUUUAAUCAGGCUGAGCAUUUCUGUUUGAAUUCGAGUUGACGUUGACCUAAGAAUCAAACUUCCAGUCAAAUCUACAUAAAACGCUGUAGCAAUAAGUAAAUGUUUACUUACUGACAAACCCAAUAUGUCAUCUGAUGAAGAGGAAGAUUGUUUUGAUGCUAUGUUGUGGUUAAUUUGGUCCUCCUAUACAAAUUACAUUCCAACAAAUAGGCAUUUAAAUAGUGACCGCAGAAGUUCAUGUAAUCUCUUCAUUUGAUAUUUUACUGAUAAUUGACAUUUGAUAAGUGCACUUUACUAUACUAAUGUCAAAGAACUUUAUGGAUUCAAAAAGAUGCCACACUCGCAUGGUGUAAUUACUGAGUAAGUUCACCCGUCUAAGGCUAUCUAGGUGUAGUCUGAACUGUUUUUUAGUACAAUCAAUGAAUUAACAGGCCACCAGGGGGCGUUGUUAUUCCACACAUAACAUGAAUUGGUGCGUGUAAACGUGUUUGAGGAAUCCAAUCACAAAGAUGUUUGUGCCAUUAAAAGAAAACUUCAGAGAGAACAAAGAAAUAAGCUGUUAGUAUAAAUGUAAUUGCGCCCUCCUCAUCUCUGGGGGACACCAUUUAAUACUUUUAACAUUUUUUUGGCAAAUAUUACUUCAUUUUACUUUUUGUUAUUAUAUCAUUGUUUACUGGUAACUUCUUAACAC